CAAACAAAACACAUCUACAUACAAACACAUCUACACUUGUUAAAAAUAAAAAAUAAAUAAUAAAAUAUAAAAAAAUGGUAAAAACAAAAUUGAAAAACGAAGAACAUUUAUUGGACUUCCUAACUGAGGAAGAAAGUUUGGCCCGUGAACAAAGACACUUUCAGCGCCUGCACGACGUCCGCAUCAGCGUGGCGUUUAUCCGCCAUGCCUUUAAGAAGUACGAGAAGCUGAAGGCGGAGGAGCUGGAGUUGGAAAAGUGGGACGAUUAUCUAGCCUGCGAUGGGAUGCCACGUCCUGAUCUUCCCAGUGAGAUACGACAGUUUUUGAUGAAGCUGCGGCAUGAAGAGCAUAUGGCGGCCACCGAUGACAUUAGCUGGGUGCUGCUAGUCAACGAGCGAAGCAUCCUGUCGCAUGCCCCCGACAGACAGGACUUGACCCGCCGGAACUUGGAUGUAACUGCAAGGCCCAAUAUCGGCAAGUUCUACGACAAGACGGUGCAGGGAAUCCUUCAAACCCACAAGCGUGUGGAACGAGUCCUUCGAAACGAGACAGAGCUUCUUGACAUGCCGACCCUGAGAGCUUUUGAGCUGACAAAGAUACCCGGGGAACUGCUCAAGGAAGUUGAGACUUUCUUUGACAAGCUCGCCUACCGUGUCAUCUGCGCUCCCGAAGCCUAUAUGAUGAAUAAAGACAGUAUGUUGUCCUACUAUUGCUACAAUUGCAGCCACUUCAAUUUCCAGAUAUGGGGCCUGCAGGAUGUUCCCAUUCGCUUUCAGUAUCUGCGACUGCCUUUAAUGUAUUCCGAUCUAAAAUGCAUCAAAGCGACCCUACAGUUGCCACUCAGUGUGCUUAGCGACAAUUUGACCCUGCGGUGUGUGCACACCUUCUUCGAUCCCUUCUCUCACCUGGCUAAGAGCGUCACCCUAAAUUUCGAUGCCGAAACGAGUCCCAGUUGUGGCAUCUUGGAAAUGGAGGACAGCUUGAUAAGCGAGUGGGAGACCCAGAUGGAUAUACGCGAUGAUUUGAUAAUGAAGAUGGAGGAGCAGAUGGAGGCCUACAACGUUGCCAAGGCCGCUAUAGAAGCAGCAUUAGCAGCGAAGCAAAAGAAGCAAGGAGACAAUGCGAAGGGACCUUCAGUGCCAAAAGCUCCAAAGAUGCCGCUGGCAAUACCCGAGGGCAAGUUACCCGAUCCCUACCCGUUGUUCCUCAAGCAGACAAGGCAAGAAUGCAACGAUUUCUUCAAUGAGAACUUUCAUCCCGACAACAUCAAUCUGCAGCAAUAUGAGGUCAACAUGCGGCGUUACAUGAUUGUGGGUGGAGUUUUUUCGAUGGUCUUUAUGCGGAAGCCGCGACACACCGCAUUCGAGAAGCUCAAUCUGACGCUGCACGAGGAUGGUCGCGUAUUACAAGUGGUUCUGGACCAACUCAAUCGCAGCAGAGAUUCCUCCUCGUCUGACCUUUUCGGGUUGGAGCGGGGGCCCACUCGCCCGAACAUCGACAUGGAAGCUACUGACUCCGAUCUCAAGCUGCACUUGGAGCCGGAUGAGCUGCCAUUUUACUUUAUCACUUUCACGAUACCGGAUAACUUGUGCCUGUGGGCUGAUCCUUUGGUUUGUCAUUUUAUCGAGGAGGAGAUCGAGGGACCUACGGUUGAAGAGGAUGUCCUGUUGGAGGAUUUGGACAAGAAGAACAAGAAGAAGCGCCGGAAGACGUUGGAGGCCAUGAAGGUGAAGGAUGCGGGGAGAAAGUCGAGUAGUAUGAGAUCGACUGACGAUGCAAUAAAUAUCAAAGAACCUCGGAAUCUAACCUCGGUCAACAUUUAUAGAGCAAGCGCGCUCGACAUGGUUCGGAAAAGCUACAAUGAAAGUGAAAAUGUAAACAAUGAAGCGCUGCAAGACUUUGUGCCAAAUAUGGAAGCUAACAAUCGGACAAGGGCUUCCCUGGUUAAGACGAUUUGCAUGCCGCGGAUUAUAUCCUCGUUCAAGUUUCCGAAGGAGUUUAAGGAGACCCCGCUAGACGAGCAACCCACCCAAAGAGCUAGUGGGCAUCUCUCGCGGCGAAGAGUGGUGGAAAAUGUCAUCGCCGAUGAGAUCACAGAGUUCGUUCCCAACUACGAAGAUCAGGCUGAUCCCGAGCGACUUUUUCCUAUAUUUCCCGAGACAAUGGAUUCACACAAAAUGAAGCAAUACGAGUUCGCUGCUAAGCAGGCAGAGGACCCCAGCCUUCCCUGUGACACCGUAUACGAAUUGAUACAAACCCUGGAUGAGAUCAAAGAAAAGUACGAGGACGGUCCCAGGAAACUGGCGGAACAGACGGCGAUACAGGCCGUGAGAAUGUCCAAACGGCAUAUAGCGGAAUUCAUUCCGACUAGAGGUGCUUACAAGAGUAGAGCCUCCAUGCGCAGAUCAGGCAGUGUAUAUGGGGAGAUCGUGGAACGGGAAAUCGAAAGUGACAGCCGCGGAGAGUCCGAUAGCGAUGUCAACGCCUUUACACAUACGGUAAAACUGAAGAAGAAGACUGAAGCUCGUCCCUCCGAAAUUUCUCGCCUUGAAUCCAACAAAGUUAUCCACUGGACCACCGAGUAUAUCCUGGAGUCAAACUUUGACAGGAAUAGCAAGAUCCUGACCGUGAAGACGGACCGCCUGGGUAACUUUGGGUUCGCCUAUCCGCGCUAUAACCACUUUCCAUUCCGACACUGGCACCUGGAGGCGAACGAGGAGAAUCCUGAUGAGCUCACCUUCACCUUGGAUACCCAAUAUGUGCGUGUGGUCUUCAUUGUUAGCAAGGAUGGGAUCCGAGGAUAUGCGACUGAUGUGCCCAAGGUGUACGUCGCUAAGCCGGUGAAGUAUAUGAAUUUCGAGAAGCCCGUAGGAGAUUUCGUCGAGCUGCGCAAGCUCUUUCAGGACAACAACCUGAAUGUGUUUCCGGAGCUGGACGCAUUCUUCUACAUCGACCAGGGCUACUUUUCUGAAAAGCAUUUGGCGGCGGAAGUGCACAUCUACGACGCGAUGGCCGUGCACUGCAAGCAGCUGAAGUUCAAACACAAUGACUGGAACCGUUUGGCCACGGAUAGGGAUAUCGUGCUCUGUCUGCGCAGCAACAACGCUUUGGACAACGUCGAUGUCACAGUUCGGGUCACACCGGAGAAUGCAACCUUCGUGGAGGUUUCAGAGUUGUGCUCCGAAAACCUUGAUGCCUUCCAGCUGCACUACAAGCGCACUUGGCGUAAUAUUGGGAUCUAUACGGAUCUGCACCAGCUUAUCAACUCCAUGAAUCCGAACGCAACGGACACUCGAAACCGGGACUCAGGGCAGAUGUUUUACCUCCGCAAGCUUCUCCAGGAAAUCCGACCUCUGAGCUUCUCCUAGUCUAGACGCAUCUUAAAUUGUAACACCCAAACAAAACAGACACAGACAACUGCGUACACUUUUGAAUUAACUGCAAUUAAAACCA